UUAAAGGGAAUCAAGAUCCUCCCAAAAACCCACACUCAACAAUGGAAGUCGAAUCCGGCCCACCACCGCCGCCGCCUCCCUCCGCUGCACAUUCCCGCAUCGCCCGCCUCAACGCCUACGUCGCCAAAUCCCGCGUGGGCAAGCGUUUCAAGCUCACCGAGCGCCACACCUCUUUCACCACCGAGCUCCGCGCCGGCACCGCCACAUUCAUCACCAUGGCCUACAUCCUCGCCGUCAACGCCGCCAUCCUCUCCGACUCCGGCGGCACCUGCUCCGUCUCCGACUGCACCUCCCUCGGCCCCAUUCCCCCCGACGCCGCCUGCAAAUUUGACCCAAUCAACCCGGGCUACGCCGCCUGCCUCGACAAAACCCGCAAAGACCUCAUCGUCGCCACCGACGCCUCCUCCCUCAUCGGCUCCGCCAUCAUGGGCCUCUUCGCCAACCUCCCCCUCGCCUUGGCCCCCGGCAUGGGCGCCAACGCCUACUUCUCCUACACCGUCGUCGGCUUCCACGGCUCCGGCUCCCUCACCUACCAAUCCGCCUUAGCCGCCGUCUUUAUCGAAGGCCUCAUCUUCCUCCUCCUCUCCGCCCUUGGCCUCCGCUCUAAACUCGCUAAACUCAUCCCCAAACCCGUCCGAAUCUCCUCCUCCGCCGGCAUCGGCCUAUUACUCGCCUUCAUCGGACUGCAGAGCAACCCCGGCAUCGGCCUCGCCGCGUUCAGCCCCUCUACAUUGGUCACCCUGGGCGGCUGCGCCGCCGCCGACAAGGCGGCGGUCGCCCCCGUCGAAACCCUACCUAACGGCACCGUCGCUUUAAUCCCUGGCGGCCCCGUCUCCGGCGACAUCCUCUGCCUCCACGGCCGCAUGCAGAGCGCCACCCUCUGGCUCGCCGUCGCCGGAUUCUUCAUCAUCGCCUAUUGCAUGAAGAAAAACAUCAAAGGAGCUAUGAUCUACGGAAUUAUUUUUGUCACCGCGGUUUCCUGGCUCAAAAACACUAGUGUCACUGUGUUUCCAAGCACGGAAACCGGGGACAGUAGCUUUGACUACUUCAAAAAAGUAGUUGACAUUCAUGGAAUUCAAAGCACUGCAGGUGCUCUGAAUUUCAAAAGCGCCGCCAGCGUGCGUUUCUGGGAGGCCCUGGCGACGUUCCUCUACGUCGACAUCCUCUCCACCAGCGGGUUUGAGGGGGAGUACAUGGCGUUCGUGUCGGACGCGGCGGCGACGGUGCUGGGGUCGGUGCUGGGAACGUCGCCGGUGACGGCGUUCGUGGAGUCGUCAGCGGGGAUAAGGGAGGGGGGGAGGACGGGGCUGACGGCGCUGACGGUGGCGGGGUACUUCAUGGUGGCGUUCUUCUUCACGCCGGUGCUGGCGUCGAUACCGGCGUGGGCGGUGGGGCCGCCGCUGAUAGUGGUGGGGGCGAUGAUGAUGAGGGCGGCGGCGGAGGUGGAGUGGGGGGAUAUGGGGCAGGCCAUUCCUGCGUUCGUGACGUUGAUGUUGAUGCCGUUGACGUAUUCGAUUCCAUAUGGUUUGAUCGGAGGGAUUGGGACUUAUAUUGUGUUGCAUUUGGGGGAUUGGAUUUGGGAAUUCUUGCAAAGAUUUGGGGGCGGAAAGGCAAAUACUGAUAAUGUCGGGGUUAAAGAAGAGGUGGUUUGAUAAAUGUUGUUCAGUUGAAUAGAUAAAGCGAUAUUUAAGAUUAUUCUUGCUCUCCUUUUGACAAAAACAAUCUGUUUUGUCAACCUCAAUUUAUGGUAGAUGAGCACAAAUUUAUCACCAUUGGAAAAUAUCUGAAAGAGGCAAAUGGUUAUAUUACAUGAAACAAACAUAUUUAAUUUAAAAAUCCAUAAAGUAUCACUUGAUCUCUACGUGAAACUGAAAAGGUUCUUUCUUUGCUCUUUUCCCAUUUCUGAAUUGUGAUUAUGUAUUUCAAAUAAAUCAUCUUAGCAUUUUAACAAUUUGGUCAACUUAAGCAUUACAGGCUCCAUUAAAGGUCCCUAGCUGCCAAAAAGGAAAAUCCUCAAAAAACUCUCUAGCAGAAAUAAAAAAAUGAGAUUGAGUAACAAAAAAGUGCAACUGUAACAGACUUGGGUUCUCAUAGUAAUUACAAAAUGAAAUGAGGUACUAUAAUAACAAGCCUCAAAUAUUUACCAAACUAAACAAUAUAAAAAUCAUAGAGUGAAGGGUUGCUUUAAAUGAAAUUAACACAUAACUUGAAACUUGCAAUCUCAUCU